UCCCUUCCUAGCUUGGUUCUGGCCUGUCUCCAGAGUUCCUGGGAAGUUCUGGAGAGUAGCAUGUGCUCCAGAAGGUGGGAACUGUCUCUGGCUCUGGAACUUCUACUGUUGCCUCAUUUGUUCCUGGCAACCAGCAUACAAGAUUAUUCAAAAUAUGCCGUCUCCGGCAGCAACGUGAGUCUGCCAAUCUCCAGUUUGCCGAGGAACUACAAAUCACUCACCUGGUUUUAUAAUGCUGACCAGAAGAUUGUAGAAUGGGAAUCCGGUCAGCCUAAAUACUUCAAUACUAAAUUUAAGGACAAGGCCAGGCUUGAUCCUCAAAGUGGCACACUGCACAUCGAUAACAUCCAGAAGGAGGACAGCAGCACUUACCUCCUGAUGGUGCUGAAGGACACUGGGGAUGAGGACGAAUGGAAGAUCUCACUGGUGGUGCUUGACCCUGUAACAAAGCCUGUCAUAGAUGUCAAGAAGACACAGGAAGUGAACAAGUGUAACCUAACCCUGUCCUGUGUGACCCAGGACCAGCCUGUAAACUACAUCUGGUAUGCAGAGUCCCUUCCAAAAGAGUUCCAGAGCAGUGUGCUUGAAGUGACCCAUGCACCACAAAACUACUCCAGGUCUUACACCUGCCAAGUCAGCAAUCCUGUGAGCAGCCAAAAUAAGACAGUCAACUUCACUUCACCCUGUGUACAGGCCCAAUCCUCUGGAGUAGCUUGGACUGCAACUUGGCUAGUGAUCAUGGUAACCACUGUUCUUGGUCUCCUAUGGAUCUGAGAUAAGCUCUUCUAACUCAAGAGUGAAACUUCAAGAAUGCAAGAUCUUGCCCUCAUCAGUAACCAUACUAUUAACCAGGACAGAAAUUCUGGCUAUAUAGGAUGGGGGAAAGUACUGAGAUGUCUACAAGGAUUUUCAAAUUAACUUUUUAAAACCACAGUAAUAUUUUAUUUUAUAUCCUCUAGUUGUUUUUUAACAUACAUAUACACAUGCAUUCUUCCCACCAAAAAAUGGGCAAAACGUAUUAUGCAAUGUUUUCUUGUUGGAAUAAAUAUUUGAUAUGAUUGUCAAAGUGGAUUCCUAAAGUUGCCCCAAAUUUGUUGGACAAUGCCUGCUCCACUAGCCUAGACAAACUGGAACAUGGAGAUACAAACGGGAACACCUGGGACCACUGCCUCCUUUGUGCCUACAGGGCUGGGAGGUAAUUUGUUCUGUCCCUAACUCUCGCUUCCACAUCCUUGCCAAACCUCCUGGGGUUCCAGGUCUCAAACUCCUCUCCCACCAAGUUCUGGUCUCCUUCUCAGUGGUUUGCCUUGUUCUAGCCUCUGUGAGGAACAUACUUACUAGGUUUCCUGGGAAUGUGAGGUCAGGCUUACUCCCCCAGAACUGAGUAUGCAGCUUUUUUUUUUUUGGCCCUGAUUUUUUUUACAUCUUUAUUGGAGUAUAAUUGUUUUACAAUGUUGUGUUAGUUUCUGCUGUAUAACAAAGUGAAUCAGCUCUACGUAUAUGUAUAUCCCCUCCCUCUUGAGCCUCCCUCCCACCCUCCCCAUCCCAGCCCUCUAGGUCGUCACAAAGCAUCGAGCUGAUCUCCCUGUGCUAUGCGGCAGCUUUCACUAGCUAUCUAUUUUACACAGGGCAGUGAUAUCUGUCAAUGCUACUCUCUCACUUCAUUCCAGCCUCCCCUUCCCCUCCUGUGUCCACAAGUCCAUUCUCUAUGUCUGAGUCUCUAUUCCAGCCCUGUCACUACAUUCAUCAGUACCAUUUUUCUAGAUUCCAUAUAUAUUGAGUAUGCAGCUUUACCACAUAAAGAGGGUCCUUCCCAAGCCUCUUAUUGGGAGUUGAGUUUCCUCUCCUCUUUUCACCAUUGUUGCUGUGUGGGCAGCUCUUCAAGUCCUAGUUGUGUCCUGAGAUCCAAAAAACCAUCAAAUCGACUAAAUGCUGUCAUCAGGGUCUUUCAUUAUAGGAGGGUAAGAGCUACCAGGCCCACCAUUGACAUAAAACCUGGAUUUUUUGCUGUAUGUUCUCCUCCUCUAAGGUUCUCCAUGGGCCUGAAGCUGAGAGGGUCACUAAAGGAUGUGCUUCCCUUUCAAUGAACUGUCCCACCACAGACCAUUUUCUCUUUACACCCAAUCAGCCUUACCUCCCCUUCCGCUCAUCACUUCUGUGGCAGAGAUAAUACUGUGUGUUCAUCAAACACUUUCAUUUCCUUUCUGGACUUUGAUGGUUAAUAAUUUUAUGUGUCAAAACUUAUUCUGGGUGUGUCUCUGAGGGUGUUUUUGGGUGAGGUUAACAUUUGAAUCAGUAGACUGAGUAAAGCAGAUUAUCCUCUCCAGUGUGGGUGGGCCUUAUCCAAUCAGUUGAAGGCUUGAAAAGAACAAAAAGGCUUACCCUCCCACAAGUAUGGAAAAACUCCUCCUAACUGACUGCCUUCAAGCUGGGACAUUUGGUUUUUCCUGCCUUCGGACUUGGACUGGAACUACGCCAUCAGCUCUCCUGGGUCUCCAGCUUGCUAACUCAGAUCUUGGGACUUGUAAACCUCCAUAAUUGCAUG